CCCAACUCCACAGGAGUCCUUUUUAAAUAUGUUAAAAGGCGAUGAGCCAUCAGACUCAACGUCAGGGUCUGAAACCAUUAUAAUAGAUAGGAGCCCACUAUCUGAGCAUGGCGAGAAAAUCCCAUCGCUGAAUCCAUCACCUGACGGGGGACAUGCAACAGGCCGCAACACAGCUGGACCACCACCCUAUGGCUCUGCCAAAGGGGGGACCAUUGGUCCAUCACCCUACAGAGGCCAUAAACCCAGCCCAUCACCGUAUGACCUCAACACCUCUGGUCCAUCACCCUACAGAGGACAUACAUCCAGCCCAUCACCAUAUGGCCUCGACACCCCAGGUACAUCACUCUAUGGAGGCCAUACACCCAGCCCAUCACUGUAUGACCUCAACACCUCUGGUCCAUCACCUGGCGGAGGCCAUACACCCAGCCCAUCACCGUACAGCCUCAACACCUCUGGUCCAUCACCUGGCAGAGGCCAUACACCCAGCCCAUCACCGUACAGCCUCAACACCUCUGGUCCAUCACCUGGCAGAGGCCAUACACCCAGCCCAUCACUGUACAGCCUCAACACCUCUGGUCCAUCACCUGGUGGAGGCCAUACACCCAGCCCAUCACCGUACAGCCUCAACACCUCUGGUCCAUCACCUGGCAGAGGCCAUACACCCAGCCCAUCACCGUACAGCCUCAACACCUCUGGUCCAUCACCUGGCAGAGGCCAUGCAGCCAGCCCGCAAGAAAAUGCAUGGACACCAUGUGAGGAUUGUAAGGGGGAGUUUGAAAGAAUCCUACAGGAAAAGAGAAGGAUCGAUGAAGUCAUCUCGAGAAUAGGCAAGUAAUUUCUGCUAAUUCAUUCAUGAUGUAAUUGUUCUGUACCUAUAUUAGUGAUUGGGCCUUGAACA